UUUCUGUUUGUUGUCGUGAGAGGUUGUGUGGUUUCAAAUUUUUUUGUUUCGAAACAAUUUUAUUUUCGGGGUUUACUUCAUUUUAUGAGUAAAACAUUAUAUUUAGUAAAGUUAACAUAAAUAAGCACAAUUUUUUCUGUAUCCUAUAAUAACAUUACGACUCUAAUUACAUUUUUAAACUAUAAAAAUGCAAGAAACCGUUACAAGUACAAACGAAAGAAAAUCCCUAUUUUCUUCGUUUUUGGAAGUCCUCGAAGCCCGGGAAAAGCAGGCUCAGGCUGACAGAGAACUUCAGGAAGAGAAAUACCAGAGAAGGACCCAAAAAAUUUACGAUUUUCACGAGCGGCAGCAGCGCGAGGCGGCGGAGCUGCGGCGCUGCCUGGAGUACGUGUCGCAGCACGCGCGCGUGUUGGAGACGGUGCUGCGGAGUGCCGCCGACGGCGCGCCGCUCGCCGCGGGGCUGCUGCGCCAGGCCGCCGCGCUGCAGCGCUGCAUGGCGCAGUGCGUCGCCAACGCCGCCCGGAUCAGACACCUGCUCGCCGCCGCCCACCAGCCCCAGAUGGACGCCAUGCUCGCUAAGAUGGAGUCGGAGCUGAACGCGUGGACGGUGUUCCUGCAGCGCGCGGUGGACGCCACCUACAACAGCGAGGUCGUCAUAGAAAACCUGCACAACCUCGUCGCGGAGCAGCAGCGGUGCGUGCGCGAGGUGUCGUCGAGCGCGGUGUUCACGACGCUGUGCGCCGAGCCCGCGCCCGCGCCCGCCGCGCCCGCCUGCAGCACGCCCAUCGCGCGCGACUAG